AUGUCAAAAAUGAUUCCAAAAUUUGAGGUGUGUAUCGAUUCGGCACAAUCUGCUAUAAAUGCGGAAGCCGGUGGGGCAUCCCGUGUUGAGCUAUGCGAUAACCUCAUGGAAGGUGGAACUACUCCAAGUUCAGGAAUGAUCGCCACAAUUCUGAACCGAGUGAAAAUUCCCGUCAUGGUUAUGAUAAGACCUAGAGGCGGUGACUUUUGUUAUAGCGAAGAUGAAAUUAAAGUUAUGUGCUUAGAUAUUCAACACGCAAAAUCGCUCGGAGCACAUGGCGUCGUUUUUGGUAUCUUGAAUCCUGACGGAAGUGUAGACGUCGAAAGAGUCUCCAAGUUAGUCGAUUUGUCAAAACCCAUGAAAGUGACCUUUCAUCGAGCUUUUGACAUGACAAAUGAUCCAUUCAAAGCCCUUGAAGACAUCAUUUCAAUUGGAGGAAUUCAAAGAAUUUUAACAAGUGGGCAUGAUAGCACCGUUUUAGAAGGUUUAGAUACCAUCGUGCAAUUAGUGAAACAAGCCAACAGUCGCAUUAUAAUUAUACCCGGCGGAGGAAUUAAAGAGUCAAACAUAGAAAGGAUUCUAUUUGCUGUCGGAUUAGAAGAAAUGCAUGUAUCAGCAAGUGCCGCUAUCCGUUCUGUUAUGGAGCACAAAGUUUCAACCAUACAUAUGGGUAGAGCUCAUCACAAUAACGAAUAUGUGAUAAACGGGGUAAGUGAGGAAAGACUUAAAAGGAUGAUUUCCGCCGCUACCAAAGAAGUUCUUUCGUGA